UUCAGUUUCAGGUCUGUGCGUCUGAUGAAGAAUGACACCAUGAGCUUCCAGAAAUUCCCCUACACCAAUGAAGAUGAAGCUUGGAAAACCUACCUGGAGAACCCCUUGACUGCAGCCACCAAAGCCAUGAUGAGGGUGAAUGGAGAUGAUGACAGUGUGGCUGCCCUCAGCCUCCUCUAUGACUACUACAUGGUGCCAAAGGAGAAGAGGAUCCUUCCACCUGCCAUGAUGGGACGCAAUGAGCUAGGAAAGAGGCACUGUCACAGCAUGGAGUACGACCCGGAGCUGGCCUCCUUCGACGGCUCAGCACACCUGAUGAAGCUCCUGUCUGAAAACGUUGCCAUGAGCCAGGAGUACUGUGAGCCACAGAAGAAGAGCAGCUUAAGCCUUGAAGGUGUCCCUGCUCCCCACAAGCCAGCCCUGCUGCCACCAGGCACUAGCAAGCUGGAUGCCCCCCCAGACAGCUACCUGGUCCCUCCAGGGGAUGUGUAUGACAGCAGCUCCCUGAACUCCCUCUUCGAGGCCAUCCCUGUGGCCCCAGCACAGCAGAGGUGGCAGCCAGACAGCACUUUCAAGGAGGAUCCCCAGGAGUCCCUGCUCUUCAGUGAUAUCCUCAAGCCCCAGCCAGAGCCUCCUUGCCCUGAGAGCUAUGCCACAGACAGUGUCAAGAGUGACUUUGAGUACACUCUGGGGUCGCCCAAAGCCAUUCACAUCAAGUCUGGGGACUCUCCCAUGGCCUACCUCAACAAAGGACAGUUCUACCCCAUCACGCUGCGGACGGCUGGAGACAGCAAAUGUUUGCACUUGUCCUCAAAUAAAGUCAAGAGCGUGGUGAUGAUUGUCUUUGACAACGAGAAGAUCCCAACAGAGCAGCUGAAGUUCUGGAAGCACUGGCACUCCCGGCAGCCCACGGCCAAGCAGAGAGUCAUCGACGUUGCUGACUGCAAGGAAAACUUCAACACGGUGCAGAACAUCGAGGAGCUGGCCUACAAUGCCCUCUCCUUUGUCUGGAACAUCCAUGAAGAAGCCAAGGUGUUUAUUGGGGUGAACUGCCUGAGCACUGACUUCUCCUCCCAGAAGGGAGUGAAGGGUGUCCCUCUCAACCUGCAGAUCGACACCUACGACUGUGGCAGUGGCAGCAGCCAGCUGGUGCACAGAGCUGUCUGCCAGAUCAAGAUAUUCUGUGACAAGGGAGCAGAGAGGAAGAUGAGAGAUGAUGAAAGGAAGCAGUUCAGAAGGAAAGGGAAAUGCCUGGACUCCAACAACAAUGGUCUGAAAGGCUGUUUGCUCUCUGGCUUCAGAGGGAAUGAACUCACGUUCCUGAGGCCAGAGACUGACCUGGAAACCCAGCCAGUCCUGUUCAUCCCCAACGUCCACUUCUCAAGCCUGCAGAGGUGUGGCACGGUUCUUCCUCCUGCUGUUCCCAGCUCUGCAAACAGGCUGCCCUUGAAGCGCAGUGGAGCCUCCUUCACAGAUGACUUUGACCAGAUACCUCCAAAGCAAACCAAGGAAGAGGAUCCUCAGAGAGUCCUGCUGUACGUGCGGAGGGAGUCGGAGGAGGUGUUUGAUGCCCUCAUGCUGAAGACCCCAGACCUGCAGGGCCUCAGGACAGCUAUCUCAGAGAAGUAUGGGCUCCCCGAGGAGAGCAUCUAUAAAGUCUACAAGAAAUGCAAACGAGGGAUCCUGGUGAACAUGGACAACAACAUCAUCCAGCACUACAGCAACCACAUGGCCUUUCUCCUGGACAUGGUGGAAGCAGAGGACAAGUUCCAGAUCAUCCUCAAGGAGCUAUAA